AAAAUUAAUUAUUCCUCUUUUUGCUGGGGACCCCCUGGAACCCACUCAGGGACCCUUGAUGGUCCUCGGACCCCACUUUGAGAACCACUAUCAUAUAGCAUUUUAUAUCAUCAUAAAGUCAUCCUUGAAACAUCUCAGUCGAGUUAACUUUAUAGCAACAAACUCCCGGACAGAAAUCCGCCGCCAUUGAUUUUCAUUCAACUGACUCGUCAAAACAAGCAGCAGGAAGCCACGGGGCCGCUUUUGUCGCUGACUGCUCUCUUCAUGAAGUAUACAUACGUGAAAAACAACUGAUUUCACUAAGUUGCUCUGGAGUGAGAGACCAUGGGCCGGCUGGAUGAUGCUGCCAAACGCAAAGUGGUGGAGCUGCGGAAGGCUGGUCUGAGUUUCCGUAAGAUCAAAGCUGUGCUGGAGCUGGAGAACAUCAAGGUGUCAGCCCAGGCCAUCUACCUGUUUCUGAGGGAGUUCCAGGGGAGGCCACCAGGGAGGGUGAGACCUGGGGAGGCUGGAAGCAACACAUCGUCAGCACAGGUGCAUACUCACGCUGGGGGAAUACGAGAAAGCUGGAGUAACAUUCAUCUCCAAAACCUACUGAAGGAGGCAUGUCACCAUGCUAGCUUUUCAGCAGCUCCAGACGUUGCCAAACAGACAUCCACAAAACCAGAGACUAAUGCAAAACCAUCUGGAUCCGGGGAAACCAGUGGAGGCAGCAGGUUAGAGCGGCAACACGAGGGAGAUAAGGAAGAAAAUGACAUCCAGAUUGUUAGUGUCACCUCUCUUGCUCAGAACAGCCAACAAAGAGGUCUGCAGUCCACUGUGACAAGAGCAGAGGCAAAUGCUGUGUCUUCCACAGGAACAGCAUCUGCAGCAUUCAUGAGGAGGAGAGUUACGCCUUCUCCAGCCACUAAUUCAAUGUUGGCAGCUCGUAAAAGGCUUUUGGAUAAAGCUCUGUCACACAGGAUGAAGUCACUCCACCAGGUGGCAGCAUUGGUGAGGAGAGAUCACUCAGGUGUCCAAGGUGCUGAUUUGAGGAAUACAGUGCCACAGCCGCCUGAGACAUAUGAUCUGACCGCUGAAAAGACUGUCAUGGAGUGUCAGCCUGGAGGAGGCAGUGUCCCUAGGCGGUUUUUCACAGAGAGACCAGGAGUGUCUGUCCGUUCCCUUCAUCCUCCCCCUCGGGCUGGCAUUCGGCUUCCUAACCGGCCACCAGCACCUUUAACAUCCUCAGCUCCUGGGGGUCCUGUCAUCCGCCUACAGACCCCUGGAGGCCAGGGUGCCACUCGCAGUGAGGGGAACCCAAGCCCCAAGCAGGCAGUCCAAGACCCUGGAGGGAGAGGUGGUCUGCAGGAUCAGAUUCACACCCUGAGCUCUGAGGUACGCAGCUUGGGCCUGGCAGUGAAGAUGCUAGUGGAACAGCAGUGCCGCCAGGAGAGGGAGCAGGCGCAGCAGACACACAUUCAGAAGCAGAUCCUCAGCACUUUACAGAACCUGACUUCCAAACUGGGACGUUGUAGCAGUGUUCAACAACAGCACAACAAAACGCCAUCACCCUCUGCUUUGCCGAGUGCCUCUGCAUCUUCCUCCUUCAGCCAAGACACCUUCAACUUCAGCCAAGGCACAUACACUCAGUGCAGCCUAACCCAGCCAAGCUAUAACUCUCUAGAGAGUUUAGAAACUGUAGAGGCCUUCAAACUGCCAGGACUGAGUCCUACAAGCAUGAAUGGGUUCCCACCAUGUAGCAGCACUGAGAGCCUCCCACUUACUCACACUCCUCCUCAAACGCAACCUUAUGCAGCUGCAUACCCACAGCAAAACAGUCAAACAGUCAUGCCACUGUACACACAGUCCUAUGUGUCUACAUUCAGCCAAUCACAUUCUCAGACAUACAGAGGAUCAGAGAGUAAAACAUCUGAUUUCCAAAGCAGCUGUUCAGGGAGGACUCUGCAGGACUGCAGUGUGUCCACGCAGCCGGUGAUGAACUCCAACCUCUCUCCACAGGAUCAGCAGGUCAAUAUUAUCAAAGUGGAGGGACCUUAGAGGGCUACAGAUUCCACACAGGUCUGGGUGUCUUUGGUGUUUUGGGACCAUAAGGGCUUGGAUGUGUUUUUUUUUUUUAGAGUCACUUUAGUGUAGUAAUUUAAGGCACACAUCUUUUUACAACAUAUACUGUAGCAUUUUUUUAAUUAAUUUAUUUCCAAAGUACAUUUUAAGAGAAUACAAACAGCAAUAGAAUAAAGGGAUUAUAAUGCUGUAGUAAUAAUAUGGUUAUAACUAUAGGCAAUGACCAACUGAAAAUGACAAAUUAUGCGAAAUUCUUGUUUAUUUUGUAUCUGUUUAUUUUGUAUCACUAGGAAUGACAUUAUGAACUGUUCGUUUUCAUACGUCUAUGCUAACUGCAAAAAAAUAAAGAGAUGGUUAUGAUCCAAA